AAAAGAGAUGCACACUUCCCCUAGAGAAGCCUCCGAGCGUGGCCGACACUCCGGGCCUCAAGCCCAUAAAGAAAAAAUACCGGAGACGUUCUGGCACCAUUUCGGGGUGAAGAAGCUGCCAUGGAAGAGCCUGCAGCUCCCUCAGAAGCCCACGAGGCAGCCGGGGCCCAGGCAGGUGCUGAGGCAGCAGGGGAGGGUGUGUCUGGGCCGGACCUUCCCGUCUGUGAGCCCUCCAGGGAAUUUGCUGCUCCAGAUUCAGCCCUGCCACAUGCGCCUGUGGCCUGGGCCCCCUUCCCUGUAGCUCCAGUCCCUGCCCACCUCCGCACAGGAGGCCUGAGGCCUGCUCCAGCCUCAGGAGGAGGAGCCUGGCGCAAUCCGUUUCCAAGCCGAAGCAGCGGCAUUUGGACAAAGCAGAUCAUCUGCAGGUAUUAUAUACAUGGGCAGUGCAAGGAGGGGGAGAACUGUCGCUAUUCCCACGACCUUUCUGGUCGGAAGAUGGCCACUGAGGGCAGCGUUUCGCCGCCUGGGGCCUCUGCGGGUGGAGGCCCUAGCACGGCUGCGCACAUCGAGCCCCCGACUCAGGAAGUGGCGGAAGCCCCCCCGGCUGCAUCCUCCCUUUCCUUGCCUGUGAUUGGCUCGGCUGCUGAAAGGGGUUUCUUUGAAGCCGAGAGAGACAAUGCAGACCGUGGAGCUGCUGGAGGAGCGGGUGUAGAAAGCUGGGCGGAUGCCAUUGAGUUUGUUCCAGGGCAGCCCUACCGGGGCCGCUGGGUUGCGUCUGCCCCCGAGGCUCCUCCACAGAGCUCAGAGACUGAGAGGAAGCAGAUGGCUGUGGGCAGGGGGUUGCGGUUUUGCUAUUAUGCUUCCAGGGGAGUUUGCUUUCGUGGGGAGAGCUGUAUGUUCCUCCAUGGAGACAUAUGCGACAUGUGUGGGCUGCAGGCCUUGCACCCCAUGGAUGCUGCCCAGAGGGAAGACCAUAUAAGGGCCUGCAUUGAAGCACACGAGAAAGAUAUGGAACUCUCGUUUGCUGUGCAGCGUGGUAUGGACAAGGUGUGUGGCAUCUGCAUGGAGGUUGUCUAUGAGAAAGCCAACCCCAAUGACCGCCGCUUUGGCAUUCUUUCCAAUUGCAACCAUACCUUCUGUAUUAGGUGUAUCCGCAGGUGGAGAAGUGCCAGACAGUUUGAUAACAGGAUCAUCAAGUCUUGCCCGCAGUGCAGGGUCACCUCCGACUUGGUCAUUCCCAGUGAGUUCUGGGUGGAGGAGGAGGAAGAGAAGCAGAAACUUAUUCAGCAAUACAAGGAGGCAAUGAGCAACAAGGCCUGCAGGUUCACAGCUGUAAAGAACUUGCCUGGAGUCUCAGAUGAGACUUUGGACUUUGGACUUUUGAGUUGAUGCUGGACCAAGUUAAGACUUUGUUGAUAGGAUGAUUUUAUCUGGCAAUGUGAGAAGAACAUGAGUUUUAGGGGGUCAGGGGCAGAAUGCCGUGGUUUGGAUAUGGUGUCUUUGGCCCCACCGAGUCUCAUAUUGAAAUUUGAUAACCAGUGUUGGAGAUGGGGCCUGGUGGGAGGUGUUGGGAAUAUUGGGAUGGAUCCCUCAUGAAUGGCUUGGUGCCAUUCUUGCAGGGAUGAGUGAGUUCUUACUCUUGAGUUCUCUAGAGAACUGGUUGUUGAAAAGACUUGUCAUUUCCUCCUCUUCUAUCUCAGUUCCUCUCUUGCCAUGUGAUGCCUACUCCCCUUCCCUUUCUGGCAUGGGUGGAAGUUGCCCCAAGUUCUCACCAGAAGCAGGUGUUGGUGCCAUGCUUCUUGUACAGUCUCCAGAACUAUGAGCCAAAGAAACCUCUAUUUUAAAUAAAUUACUCAUCCUCAGGCAUUUCUUUAUAGCAACACAAACAGACUGAGAAGCACUAUUUCAUAAAAUAAAGGUGUACCUACAUAACUUAUGAAUGGUAUAUAACAUGGUAUCAAAAUACUGCCAGUUCUAGUUCAUUUUGUGCUGCUAUAACAGAAUACACAUGCCCCUUGACUUAUGGUGGGGCUGUGUCCCAAUAAACCCACCAUAAAUAGAAAAUAUCAUAGUUGAAAAUGCAUUUAAUGUCCCUAUAAACCCAUUAUAAAGACAAAAAAUCAUAAAGUCGAACCAUUGUUAAGUCCAGAUGCUCACUGAGUUACACUUGGGGUUAUGUCCUGAUACAACUGUCGUGAAGUUGAGUAAUCAUAUGUCGAACCAUCAUAAAUUGGGGCCCCUCUGUGCCUGAGACUGGGUAGUUUACAAUGAACAGAAGUUUAUUGGCUCAUUGUUAUGGAGGCUGGGAAAUCUAAGAUUGAGAGGCCAAUGUCUGGAGAAGGCCUUCUUGUUGCACCGUCCCAUGGCAAAAGGGCAAUGAGAGUGAGAGGUAGCAAGAGCCUGAACUCAAAACUUCAAGCCCUUUUAUAAUUGGUAUUAAUCCAUUCAUGAGGGUAGAGCUCUCAUUACCUCAGCAUCUCCCAUUAGGGCUUACCUUCCAACACUGUUAUAUUGGGGAUUAAGUUUCCAACACAUGCUUUUGGGGGAACACAUUCAAACCAUAGUACCAACAUAGUGUAAUACAAAAAGAACUAGAGAUCUGUCUCAUUUAUGAAUAUUGAUGCAAAAAAAUAGGAAAUGAAAUAUUAGUGAAAGAAUAGCACGGUUAAAAAAUAAGACAUCAGGAAGUAAUGAAUUAUAUUCCAGGAAAACAAAGAUGGUACAAUAUGAAAAAAUAUUUUUUCUUAAUAUAUCAAAGGAAAUAAUCAUAUAAGCAACUCCAUAUAUCUCCCAAUAAAAAUAAAUUUGUGAUCCAAGGUCAGGAGAUCAAGACCAUCCUGGCUAACACGGUGAC